AUGCAUAUCCCUGCGGGGAAUGCAGUCAUGAUUCUCGUAUUUCCAACCCUCUACCUCCCACCUCUAUCUCCAAACCCAACCAUCAACAUCAACACCAAACCAAAAAAACCCAAAAUGCCCUCCCCCCUCCCCCCCUUCACCCGCCACAUCACAACCCACGACCCCACCACCGGCAAGGCAACAAUCCACUCCUCCACCCCCGCAACCUUCACAACCUUCGAAAACGACGCCUUCGCAUUCAGCGUCCCCUACACCACCACCACCUUCCCCGCAAACCUCACCAACGAAGCCGACAUCCACGCCCACGAAGCCACCAUCGCCAGCGGCACCCUCGGCCUGGUCUCCCCCGGCGGCACCGUCUGUCGGAUCGUGGACUUCGCCCCGGGCCAAGAACCAUUGAUGCAUCGGACCCGGAGUCUCGAUUAUGGGAUUGUGUUGGAGGGGGAGAUUGUGAUGGAGCUGGAUUCGGGGGAGAAGAGGGUGUUGAAGAAAGGGGAUGUGGCGGUGCAGAGGGGGACGAUGCAUGCGUGGAGGAAUCCGAGUCAGGAUAAGUGGGUGAGGAUGUUGUUUGUGUUGCAGGAUUGUUUGCCUGUUGAGGUGGGGGGGAGGGUGUUGGGGGAGGAUUUGGGGGGGGCGGAGUUGAGCCAUGUGGAGGAGGGGAAGAUUUGA